AUGACCCAAACCUGCAGCAACAACCAGUAGGUCCAGGAAAUUUACGGGUCCGACUCAGACAUGGCUCCGCAAGUGGCUUUCAUAGGCCUUGGAGGAAUGGGCAAGGGGGUGGCCGCCAAGCUGGCAGAGUGGCUGGGCUCAGGGAAGGCACCUGGCUAUUCUGGUCCCCUUGUGGUGUACAACCGAACCACCGCCACGGCGCAGGGAUUCGCCCACGAGACACCGGGCGUGACUGCCGUCGCCACAGUGGCAGAGGUGGUCCCAGCGAAGAUUGUGUUCUCGCUGCUGGCCAACGAUGCAGCCGCCGAUGCGGUCCUGGGAGACUACCUGUCCGCCCGAGCCGCUGACGGUGCCAGUCAUCCAGCCAUCUAUGUCAACGCCGCCACGCUGCUGCCGGCAACGGUGAAGCGGCAGGCUGCGGCAGCUGCCAAGGCUGGCGUCGAGUUCGUCAACAUGUCUGUGUUUGGCAGGCCGGAUGCCGCGGCGACUGGCUCCCUGGUGGCGGUGCCGGCCGGCCCUGCUGCCGCCAGGCAGGCGCUGGCCCCUCUGCUGCCAGCCUUUGCUGGGCGCGGGGUGUGGGACCUUGGGGAAGACCCUGCUACAUCCGCUUCGUUCAAGUUAAUUGGCAACUUCUGGAUCUCGAGCCAGAUCGAGGUGGCAGCCGAGUGCUUGGCGCUGGGCGCGAAGAAUGGCAUCGAGGACAGUGCCGUUCUGACAAUGCUGGAAACGUUCCUGCCCUCUCCAAUCCCCAUCGGCUAUGCCCGUCGCAUGGGUGCGGGCGGCUACUCCACAGAGACUGGAUUUGCCAUAGAUUUGGGCUCAAAAGACUUGGGGCACAUCCGUGCCCGGGCUGCCGACUCCGCCUGCCCGCUGCCUUGGGCCGAUGUUGCAUACAUUCAUCUCCUGCAAACCAAGGCCAGACACGGCGGAUCGCUGGAUUGGGGCGCCAUGUUUCUGGCCGUCCGGGACAACUGUGGGUUGCCAUCCAACUCCAAGCAGGAGUGAUGAGGGCGUAUGAAUUUUGCAUCGCUGUCUGCAGCAGGCCAGCCAUUGAGGGCCUAUGAAUUUUACCCAGGACCAUCGUUGUAUGCCCCUCCAUUGUAAUUGUGUGCACAAAA